CUCGCGCCCUCCCCCUCCCGGCCCAGUCUGCGGAGGCGCGCCUUCCUGCCCACCCCGAGUUCGGGGGCUGCUGCCGCGGGAGCGUUCUGCCUCGCGCCGGAGGCCCCCAGGCGUGGAGCUGCGAAGCCAUCGGCAGCGUCUGGCGCUUCUGAGCUGUGGUGGGCGACGACCUGCGGGUUUCCUCCAGCCGGGGAGGACGCAGAGCGGAGGCGGAGGCCGAGGCAGUUUUUAGGCCUUAGGCCCGGCGGGCCGGGGCUGGGGAGACGCGCCCAGCAUUCGCCAUCCCGGGCGCGUGCGGUCCUCUUGGGACCUCGCCGGCGACCCGUAGCUCGGGCACGCGCCUGUCGCAGCCCGCAGGAAGGAGGGGUGCGGCCUGAGGCCCGGGGCGGCGGCCGCCAUGGAGAUCCCCUCGGCCCAGGGCCGGCGCCUGGGGCCUCGGGGGCGGCCCUGACCGCCCUCCUCCCUGCCGAGGCCGGGUCGCGGACGUGCCCCCUGCGGCCUUCGGCCACCUCUGCGUCUCCGCCCUCCCCGGGCCGCGCUGCUGCGUGGGCGCGGCGGCGGCGACGGCGCCCUGUUGAAUGGGCUGUGAGGGCCCAGGUUUAAAGCGCUGGCGAACGCGGCCUCCGGGGGCGCAAGGCAGCAGCAGCGGUGGCGACCAAACGGGUGUUGGAGUUGGCGGCGGCCAUGGAGGGCCUGGCUGGCUAUGUGUACAAGGCGGCCAGCGAGGGCAAGGUGCUGACCCUGGCCGCCUUGCUUCUCAACCGGUCUGAAAGCGACAUCCGCUAUCUGCUGGGCUAUGUCAGCCAGCAGGGAGGGCAGCGCUCCACGCCCCUCAUCAUCGCGGCCCGCAAUGGGCACGCCAAGGUGGUGCGCUUGCUGUUAGAACAUUACCGGGUGCAGACUCAGCAGACUGGCACCGUCCGCUUCGACGGGUAUGUCAUUGACGGUGCCACCGCUCUUUGGUGUGCAGCAGGAGCCGGCCAUUUUGAAGUCGUUAAGCUUCUAGUCAGCCAUGGAGCCAACGUGAACCACACCACAGUAACCAACUCAACCCCCCUGCGGGCAGCGUGCUUUGACGGCAGACUGGACAUUGUGAAAUACUUGGUUGAAAAUAAUGCCAACAUCAGCAUUGCCAACAAAUAUGACAACACCUGCCUGAUGAUUGCCGCAUAUAAGGGCCACACCGACGUGGUCAGAUACCUUUUAGAACAGCGUGCUGAUCCCAAUGCUAAAGCACACUGUGGAGCCACGGCACUGCACUUUGCAGCUGAAGCCGGGCACAUCGAUAUCGUGAAAGAGCUGAUAAAAUGGCGUGCUGCUAUAGUAGUGAACGGCCAUGGGAUGACGCCCUUAAAAGUAGCUGCCGAAAGCUGUAAAGCCGAUGUCGUCGAACUGUUGCUCUCUCAUGCUGAUUGUGACCGAAGAAGUCGGAUUGAAGCUUUGGAACUCUUGGGUGCCUCCUUUGCCAAUGACCGUGAGAACUAUGACAUCAUGAAGACGUACCACUAUUUAUAUUUAGCCAUGUUGGAGAGGUUUCAGGAUGGUGAUAACAUUCUGGAGAAAGAGGUUCUCCCGCCAAUCCAUGCUUAUGGGAAUAGAACUGAGUGUAGAAAUCCUCGGGAACUGGAAUCCAUUCGGCAAGACAGAGAUGCUCUUCAUAUGGAAGGCCUUAUAGUUCGGGAACGGAUUUUAGGUGCUGACAAUAUUGAUGUUUCCCAUCCCAUCAUUUACAGGGGAGCUGUGUAUGCAGAUAACAUGGAAUUCGAACAGUGUAUCAAGUUGUGGCUGCAUGCCCUGCACCUGAGACAGAAAGGUAACAGGAAUACCCACAAGGAUCUUCUUCGAUUUGCUCAAGUUUUCUCACAGAUGAUACAUUUGAAUGAAACUGUGAAGGCCCCAGACAUAGAAUGUGUUCUGAGAUGCAGUGUUUUGGAAAUAGAACAGAGUAUGAACAGAGUAAAAAAUAUUCCAGAUGCUGAUGUCCACAACGCUAUGGACAAUUAUGAAUGUAAUCUCUAUACCUUUCUGUAUUUAGUGUGCAUCUCCACCAAAACCCAGUGCAGUGAAGAAGAUCAGUGCAAAAUUAACAAGCAGAUCUACAACCUGAUUCACCUUGAUCCCAGAACUCGGGAAGGUUUCACCUUGCUGCAUCUAGCUGUCAACUCGAAUACCCCGGUUGAUGAUUUCCACACCAAUGAUGUCUGCAGCUUUCCAAAUGCACUCGUCACAAAGCUGCUAUUGGACUGUGGUGCUGAGGUGAAUGCUGUAGACAAUGAGGGGAACAGUGCCCUUCACAUUAUCGUUCAGUACAACAGGCCCAUCAGUGAUUUUUUAACCUUGCACUCUAUCAUCAUUAGCCUGGUUGAAGCUGGCGCUCACACUGACAUGACGAAUAAACAGAAUAAGACUCCACUAGACAAAAGUACCACUGGGGUAUCUGAAAUACUACUUAAAACUCAAAUGAAGAUGAGUCUCAAGUGCCUGGCUGCCCGAGCAGUUCGGGCUAAUGACAUUAACUACCAAGACCAGAUCCCCAGAACUCUUGAAGAGUUUGUUGGAUUUCAUUAAGUGACUGGAUAUGUAAAAUCGUUUAAUGUGGUGCUAAAAAGUAAAGGACUUUAAUCACAGACAUUAGAAUUAUGUGUUCAUAAAUUCUACUUUUCUUUCCACUACCCUUCCUCCCUGCCCAUCCUUCCUUAGUUCUGUAUUUGGUCUUUUUGCCUCAUAACGGUUAUUGAUUUCAAAUACACUUUAAACAAAGCCACAUUGUUUAGGUGUAACUAUAAUCUAAGGUAUCUGGAUAUUGGUCACUUAACUUUUUUUUCUUCUUCGUUUGUGUCUUUUUCUUUCUUAUUGAAGUAUAAUUGAGAUACGUUAUAUCAGUUUCAGGUGUACAACAUAAUGAUUCGACAUUUGUAUUUUUUUUUUUAAGGAAUGAGUAUAAAAUAUUUUGUUUAUGUAACAAGGGACAUUUAUGAUUUGAAGUUGAUAAUGUUUUAAAAAACUGCCUACAAAAAAGUAUUUCUGUUAAGCCUGUGUCAGCGUGUUAUCCUUGCAGCAGUUUUGAGGAUCUCCUGAAGAAAAACAACUAAAAAGGACCAUUAAAAGUAACGGGAUGCCCAGGUGUUCUGCACGUGCCAAACCGCUGCAGGUAGUUUUCGCUCUUCCAACAUUUAUGUGGAGUGAUACAACACAUUAUAACAUCAGGAGGAUUUCAAAAAAAUAUAGCUGCAGAUUAGUCUGAAAAUGUGCUAAUUUAAUAAUAGUUACACAUUUGUUAAGUUAAAUCCAUUGAAAUUGUUGCAUUAUGCUGGGUGGUAUAUACAAAGUAGUAAUAAUCUUAAAGCAGUUUUUCAGAGAGUAUUGUUGGACUACUUGCCUUCAGGCUUAAAUUCUAAAAUUCUUUGAAGUCUAUUUUAAUGUACUUUCUCUAAAUUGCAGCAGUCUGCAUUUGACUCAGCUCACAGACAUGUAAAAAUUAUGAAUGCUGUGUUUUCUUAUGAAACAAAUUGUUAUAAUAGAGUUAUACGUUCUAUUUUUGUCCCUUUCUCCCUUUCCUCCUGUGUGGUCUCUUUUAAAAUUUGGAAACUGCUUUUCCAGAGGGCAUUGUUUGUGUCCCCCUAAUAAGGUGUUUUUGACGGAUGUAAAAGGAACCCAGGAUAUUUGUAAUUUUUUCGCUUUCUUUACCUUGUCCCUUAUAACUAGUAGGAAAAUCACUAGUAUGGUUUAGGAAAUUAAAUGGUUUUGAUGAUAAAAAUAAUUUGCAAUGCUCCUUUGAAGGGUGUUUCUGUGAGAGGUGCAAGUUUUUCAAACACGAAAUGUCACGGAUCCUGAUAGGCUAUGCAGAGGUCUCUGUGUUUUUUCUGUUCUGUUUUAAUGGUAGCAUUUUAACUGUCAGACUAAAAGAGUAUUCUGUGAUUAUCUUUUAAGCAUCACAGAAAUUCAAGUAAAGGGUACACACCUAAGUAAAAUUAGCUAUAUCUGUAUUUUUCUCUCUAGUGCCAAAUGAAUGCCUUAGCUACUCAUAGUGCAUGGUACUGUAAGUGAAGACCUGCAGCUUUUUUUUCUUUAAUGAAAAGCAUUAUGAUUAUGUAGUAACAUCAGAUAUAAACUAAAAAAAAAAAAAAACAGAAACAACCCUCCCCCCCAAACUUGUAUGGUUUCAGUGGUCAUUUUAUGUAUGCGUAUUGUUUUGUGAAGUAUAAGAGAAGGGUUGCAGUUGGAUCAGUAGUAAUGACCAAGCCAAAAUUAGCACCUAGGGCCUUAAAUAAAAUAGAUACCCCACGAAAUGAAAUAAUUUGAAGGGUGGGAGGGAAUGGCAGGUGGGAAACUUAAAAACUUUUUCCCCCAAGAAUGCAAGAUACUUUUACAGCUACUGUAGUUACUCUUCAUGUUCUUCUUGCUUCAGCUAGGAAUGUUUUGAUGGUAAAUUCUGUCACGGUAAUAUGUUUCUGUUUUCCUAACCUGAGGUUUUUAGGAUGGUUUAAAGGGAGGUGUUUGAAUGAGGCCUAAUUUGAAAAUUACCGGCCUUGCUCCUCCUGGUAUGAACCAAGGAAACACUGUACCUUGCUCUUGGCAGCUCUCAUGGCCUGAAAGAGAAAAUGCAUGGCCUCCAGGUGAGUGAAUCCCGCCUUUUCCACAGCUUAGAUCAGACCCUGUGUUUUUCAGACUAUGAGGCCCGCUUCUUUGAUAGUCUGAGGAGUGGCUAGGAUACUUGGUAUUCAGUUGGUUCCAUUAUUAAUGUAUGAUUUUUAAACACCAAGACUUAAAAUAUCAGAUAAUGUUGCAUGUUUUAAAAACCAUUUCAUCCCUUUGGCUACCCAGGACCAACGCUAUUUUAGAUAUUGCUUAUUUAUAAAAAUGAGGAUAAUGAUUAUAUGUACAUAUUCAGACAUCAAAAUUUAAUGACAAGUGUUUUUGAGAAGGGAUGAAUGCUGGAGAAAGAACUGCUGAUUGAAAUGCUGACAGUUGGAGAAAGAAUUUGAAGACGGUGGAAUAAACUAUGAACUCUGCUAAUGGUAACAAAUUUUUUUACUAUAGUAUAGUAGUACAUUGUGCACUCUAUUGCUAAGGAUCUAAUUUUGUCUUGUAAAAUAAAUCCAAAUAUGUAUUGUGAAACAUCUGUAUAAAACCAUUCUUGAAACAAGUGAUUACAUGCCUGUUUUUUAUUUGUUUUGGUAGAAUUAUUUUAAAUAUGUUUAGCCAAAUCCUUCCCAAGCUUAAGGUUUUUUUGUUUUGUUUUGUGUGUGCGUGCGUGUGUGUGUGUGUUUCAAGGAAAAUAAAUCGGUAAGAAAGAUAAUAGUUCUGUAUCUCUGCUCAUUGAGAACUCUAGGCUGUCUCCAUUUCCAGCCACUUUCUGUUUAUUGUUGGCAGAAAUAUGCUUCGGAUUGUAAGUCUUCCUUGAUAAUACAAAUUCAGUCAAAACUUCUUUGCCUUGCUCAGUCAUUGUCCUACAAAUUUGGCUGAACUAGAGGCCCAGGUGGAUGAAUACCUGGGCAAACCAUGUGAAACUUAGGUGGGUUUUAUACUUUUAAUGGAGUUGGUGAAAUUGAACUCUUGAACUUAGGUAGCUAUUUUAACUCAAGGAAAAGGCAGCAAAUCCAUCCCCUCAAUUGAUAAAGAAGGGGGAAAUUUUUGAUGUAAGAACUCUGACACAACGUAGUUUUCUUCAGUCUACCCUGGAUGGCUCUAGCAGGCCACGGUCCAACUACCUUAAGGUUCUUUGCUGUGGGAACUUUAAACAAACCAACCAAAAAGUAAGCUUUGGUCUUGCUCAUUUCUGGGAAGGGUUUUGUUGCGUUAUACUGAUAGUUGAUUAAUAACUGAUAAUUAUGAGAAACUUAGGUACGAUAGCACUGUCUGAAGUAACAUGAUUUGGGGGCAGCAGCUCCCUAUCAACUCUGCAUUUGGCAAGUGUUUUUAAAAAUUCAGAUCCCAAGGGAACAACACCCUGUCACCAGUCUCCACUGCAGUCUGAGGCAGCUACUUUAUGGAUAAGACCAUUUUGGAUUAUACACGCAGAAACAUUUCUUUUUUGUAAUGGGGCGGGGUGGGGAGUGAGUUGCUGGAGCUUGGGUUACAGUUUGCUGGGUUUAGAAGCAGCCAGUGAUUGAACUAGUGAGUAGAUGGAUAAGAGUAUAAUAAAGGACUUGUUUUUAUGGUAGCUUUUCUGUAAAAAUCUUACAUGUUCCUUUUUAGGCUAGCCAGGUAUAUCUACGUACAGGUGACUAUUCUGUUUUCCUCACUGACUAUGCUGUAACAUUAAAAUGGAUUAAAGAAAACAAAACUCUGCCUUUUGCUCUAUGAAAAGUUACUAGUCCAUAAGAUGUUAAGCUCUGUGCUUAUUCCUACUCUGAAAAUGCACGGCUCUGCUCUGGAUACCCUCUCUGGAAGGUUUUAGAAAGCUCCUGGUUAUGUAUGGCACAUCGCAGGGCUUUCUCAUACAUUUCUGGCAGAUUUGCCUGAAUCCUCAGAUGGCCUGGGUUGUAUGUACAGCAUCCCCUCUCCGAAAUAUGGGAUCUGACAUAAAUACACUGAUAGUGAUGAUAGAUGUAUUAAUUUUUAAAACUGUAAAGUAAAUGUGGUCUCUAGUCCUAGGUUUGUGGUGUGUUCAUUUGUGUUAAUGUGCAGGGAAGGGACACUGACUUGAUGGUUAUGGGGAGCGUAUCUUGAUAUGUGGGCAGGGGUGAGUAUUGCUAAAUUAUUAACAGCUUUUCAUUUAGGGGUGAGUCAUAUGAUGAGUGGCCUAAUCAGAAAAAUGAAGGAGCGAAGAUGCAAGCUUUGCCAAGUGAUAAAGUAAACAAGGUUUUGUACCUUUUUUUUAUCAGGUGUUGUAAAAUUUGUGCAUGGCUUUUUUUGUUGUGGCUUAUUAGUAAUUGGUAGAGGAGAAAAGAUGAGGAAAACCCCUCAGCUUUGCUAACCAAUCUUUUCAGAGGUACAUAGUUGGGGAGUAAAAUCUGACUGGCCCUAAUGUGUUGAAAAGAUCCUAUCCUUUAUAAUAUUCACCCCAUCCUGUAAUCCUUCGUGUAGAAAAACGACCUUGUUGUAUUCUAGUAAUUCGCUGUGAUUUAUAACAAACCAGUGAUGUCAUUCUGUUGUGCACUUCUGUCAAACCAUUUACGUGAAUUUAAUAAACAUAGUAAACUUCCUGACUGCACCAGAGGUCUGUUAGUGAUUUAUAUAUUGCAUGACAUUUUCUAUUUGAGUUUGACAUGUAGAAUCAUUUUUAAUUUCGUGGCAAUUGACAGUCCUAAUAGUCCAGCUAAUUUGAAACUAACAAUAUUGCUGUGUAAAAGGAAAAAAAUGGUGUUUAUGUUCAGUAAAUAU